GGCCUAUAUAUAUGUAACAAGACCUCGAAGAUCUAUGUCAUUUUGCGCCAGAAGUAGUAAUUUGAUCUAAGGAGAAAAAACGUUAGCCAUGGAGAAGUCAAGAAUUGGUGUUGUACUAUUUCUUUUGUACCUGUCUGUCUUCUAUCCUCAAUCUAAGGUUCAAUCAUUCGCCACUCCAUCUGAUCAUGAUUUAAGCUACAUGAAAUUUGUCUAUAAUUCCACUGAUCUGCCAUUAGAAGAAGUGUACGACUACAUUGUAGUUGGAGGGGGUACAGCAGGCUGCCCAUUAGCAGCAACUUUAUCAGCGAAGUACUCGGUGCUCCUGCUAGAAAAGGGCAGUGUUCCAAGUGCAUAUCCAAGUGUUUUGCAUCAAGAUGAGAUUCUUACAACUCUCAUGCUAGAAGACGAUGGAAAGACGCCAGCUGAAAGGUUCACAUCCGAAGAUGGUGUGGCCAAUGUAAGAGGCAGGGUUCUUGGUGGGUCAAGCAUGCUCAACUUUGGUUUCUACACUAGAGCCGAUAAAGAUUUUUAUGGAAACUCAGGAAUUGAAUGGGACAUGGAUUUGGUUAGAAAGGCCUAUCAAUGGGUUGAAAAUACUAUCAUAACCCCCCCGAAUGUGUCACGUUGGCAAUCUGUUGUGAAGGAAGGUUUGUUAGAGGCUGGUGUUCGUCCAGACAACGGAUAUAAUUUAAAUCACAUUCUAGGAACUAAGGUCUCGGGUACUCUUUUCGACAAUCAGGGAUGGAGACAUGGAGCUGUGGAAUUGCUUAAUCUAGGAAACCCGAAGAACUUGCGAGUUGCAGUUCAUGCCACAGUAGAGAGAAUCAUAUUCUCUUCCAACGCACCAAGUUUGUCUGCUAGAGGAAUCGUGUAUAGUGAUUCUAAAGGGAGGUCACAUAAGGCCUUCAUACGUGGUAAGGGAGAGGUUAUAUUGAGUGCCGGGGCAAUUGGAAGCACUCAACUCCUGCUACUUAGUGGUGUUGGCCCAGAGUCCUACCUUUCAUCGAUCAAAAUCCCAGUUGUUCACCCCGAGCCUUACGUUGGACAGUUUAUGAGUGAUAAUCCUCGUAAUUACAUCACAAUAUUGCCUCCAUUUCAACUGGAAUCCUCUAGUGUACAGAUCGUUGGCAUCACAAGAGAUUACUUCAUAGAGACUUUCUCGGGGUUGCCAUUUUCUACUCCACCCUUUAGUAUUUUUCCUGAUCCUUCUUUCUCCGCAAAGAUAAAUUCAACUUACGGACAAAUUUUCUACAAAGAUCCAGGACCCUUGUCCUAUGGUUCGCUUAGGCUGCAGUCGUCCUAUGAUGUCAAAGUUGGUCCAAAUGUACGCUUCAACUACUUUUCAAAUCCGCUGGAUCUUGCUCGUUGUGUUAGUGCCACAAGGAAGAUUGGUGAUUUAUUAAGCACAAAUUCAUUGAAGCCAUUUAAGGUUCAAGAUUUGCCUGGUACAGAUGGUUUCAACUUUUUCGGACCACCAUUACCAAAGAACCUUACAGAUACCGCAUCCGUGGAAACAUUUUGUCGAGAGACAGUAGCCACAUUUUGGCACUACCAUGGGGGAUGCCUUGUGGGAAAGGUGGUUGAUGGGGAUUUACGAGUCAAGGGGAUCAAUGCCUUACGUGUUGUUGAUGGAUCCACAUUCAAGUUCUCACCAGGGACCAAUCCUCAGGCCACUGUUAUGAUGUUAGGAAGGUAUACUGGCGUUAAGAUGCUGAAAGAAAGAUAAGCACCAUGCCCUACUGAACAAGGCAUGUUAUUCACCAUGCCCUACUGAAUAAGGUGGAAGAUUAAUAAAACCAGUUGUGUAGUGUUUUCUUACUGAAUAAGGUGAUGAUUUAUACCAUACAAUAAUUAAUAAAACCAGUUGUGUAGUGUUUUCUUACUGAAUAAGGUGAUGAUUUGUACCAUACAAUAAUUUCACCAUUAUACUUGUACAGAUACAAGCUACAGAUACAAGCAAUUGUGUAGUGUUUUCUUACUGAAUAUAUUUACUUGUAUUGUAUCAUUUGAGUUAUCGAAUUAAUUACUGGAAUACACAUACAAGCUACAGAUAA